UUGCAGAUUUCUUCUUUGAAUGUGCACACUGAAUCUGGAGAAGCUUGUCCAAUGGUGUUCCGGAAAUUCAAACCGCUAAAACAAUGGGGGAAGAUGGAUACACGGAUAUUUAAAAAUAUCCUGAGAGCUAGAAAUAAACGGAAAAUGCAACCGUUUUCAAUUCCUCCAGCUGUAAAGGAAGCAGGAUUCAAAAUAUAUGACCCCAAGGAUCCGAAAUUCUUUUCAACAGAAAUACAAGAAUUACCAGUCGUCCCUCAUCCUGCUCACAGAAUACCACAACUUCAUGAACAUCCGCUUUAUAAAUCGGUUGAAUGCUCCCUUUUUGAUGGCACCGUAGCAUUUACUGAUGGAAUCGAUCAGGCCUGCUCUCUGUCGAAGGCAGUCAAAAGGAUUGGUUUUCCGGAAGCUGUUUUAAAUUUGGCUUCUGAAAUACCACUUUCUGAAGGUUUCGAGGAUCAUCUAAAUGACUGUAUAAUGCAUGGGGAGCGAUAUGAUCCAACGUUGGAAAAAUUGCCUCGCCUUUUUGAUCCUGUCAUUUUUUGGACAAAUUAUUUUCCAUAUCGUGUACACGGUACUCCUUUGUUAACAAGAGGGAAAAUAAUUUUGGAUAAUCUGUUUCGCACUGCACAUCUUAUGGCUUUGCAGCAUUCACAGUUGUUAAACCUUAGAUAUGAUCGGGAUGAACCAUUAAGUGCAAUGUUACGAGUUGACAGUAUUAUGAAGAAUGAAAAAAUUCCGUUCGUUCUUCGUUCAGAACCUCAUAUCAUUGUUCAGUCUUCAGAACCUAUUAGACCCUGGACGAAAGCUAUCGGAUUAAGUAACAUACGGGUACCUAAUACAGCACCAAUUAAUCCUCGAAUCGAUCUCACUUCGGAUCAUAUUUACAACGAUAGUGUGGUACUGCCACGAGCUAAGGAGGAUCUGUUUGUUGAUAUGGUAAUGUGGUGCCAUGAACAAGACCAAAAAUACCCUUGGACAAUCGAACAGUUAGGUGCUAAGGCGAUAAUGAUGUGCUUUGCGGCGGCAAUAGCGCAAGCAACACGACAUGGCCAAUCCAAAUUUGAAAAUCUCGCGGACCAACCAGUUGUUACACGUGCUGUGCAACUUGUCAAUGGUAGAUUGGAUUUAGUUGUGUUCCAAUUGAAUACACUCGAUUUAGGAGCUAAUAGUCAGUAUAAAAAUAUUGUUUGGAUUGAACCAGGACUUCAAUUGUAUAAGCCCGGAAAGUUUACGGAAAAUCUCGACGCAAUAAAAGAUCUAAAUAUGGAUACCUUCAGGAAAUUUAUGGCUUUAUUAUUGGUGAGAUGAUAACUGAUAAAUUGUAAAAUAU